ACAUACGUGUCACUACAUUUUGUUAUUUCUAACCUCCACCACUCUUUUCAUUUCCGAGAAAAUUUCUUCUCAUAUAAAAGAGUGAAGUUGAGGAGAGGAUUCCAAACGAUUAGUUUAGGAUCGAGGGCAGCUGUCUGAAUUUUAUCGUUUAAGGAGAGGCGAAAACAUUUCCAACAAUGUCCAUCAAAUAUCUUCUGUUUGUGGGCAUUUGUCUUGGCAUUGCCAGACACGUCUAUGCCGUAGAUUUGACCCUGAAACCUGGUGAGACCAGUAAUGCUGUAAUCGAUGCAACCAUAAGAAGAAUCAGAACGAAAUGUAUUCUGGUACAAGACUAUUAUUUCCUGAGACGGUUAGCAGAGGCCCAGACGAAGUCUAUCGCAGCAACAACGGGUGGAAUAUGGAGGGUAACCUACAACCAAUUGACAACCGUCAAAAAUGCUUGCAAGAAUAUGCUCAAAGCAAAUUGCAGUAAAGUCCAAACUGACUUCGGUGUUGAUGUGUCGACCGCAACAAUGUCUGACCUAGAAAAACCUUUACAUUCUGCAUUGGUAAUGAGCUUGUUUAUCUUAAACUUAAGAACGUCAAUCCCGGUCAGCAUUGAACUGCAGGCAGAUUUCUGGAAGCAGCAUAUCACGUCAAAUGGCCAGAAGCUUUUCUUCAGACGCUUAGCAAAUAAAUUAGAACAGAGGAAUGAUUGCGCCAGUGCCCAGAUCGACCUUGUUUUCCUUAUUGAUUCAUCCGGAAGUGUUGAAAAGCCUGACUUUGAGAAGACAAAAACUUUCUUGAAAAAUAUUGUGUAUAACCUAGACAUUAGUCCAGAAAAGACACGUGUUGCAGUGAUUAGAUUUGCAGAUACACCUAACGUAUCAUUUUUCUUAGGAGACCACAAUACGAACUUUGCAGUAAGAAAUGCUAUUGACGCUAUCAUUUACGAUGGUACUGGUACUGCUACGGACACUGCUCUUGACAAAGCACGUACCAGUGUCUUCACAAAUACAAGAAAAUCUGUUGCUUCCAAAGUUUUAGUUUUGGUGACUGAUGGAAAGUCAAAUAAUGAAAAUGAAACAAUAGCGGCGGCUGAAAAACUGAAAGAUGAUGGCGUCACUAUAUUUACGAUUGGAGUUGUCAAUCCAAAAGUGUCCGAGUUAAUUGCAGCAGCAAGUGAACCCAGUUGUACACAUUUCAUCAACUUGAAAGAUUAUAAUGAAAUUGGUUUUAUUGUGAAAGAAAUUGAAUCUGAUUCUUGUAAAGCUCCGACCGUUGUUCAAAAAGAAACUCCGCUACUCAAUAUCGCCAUUCCAAAAACUAACGAGACAAAACAACAAGUCCUGCAGAUCACCAACACGACUAAGUCCACCUUGGGUACAACAGUUCUGGUGAAGGUCCAAUGUGGUGUGGUCACUGUGUACGCUUCAUUUCAAAACAGUUAUCCUAAUGAAGCCAACUACGACUACAAGACUUCGGCAACUGACGAUCAGCCAGGGAAAUUAUUUGUUGAUCAAGUAUCGAACCUUCGUAAGCUGGUCCUCAAUGUCCUUUCCCAGAAACGAUUCGAUCUCAGUUCCUCAGCUUGUAGCAAUCCUUCCUAUGACAUCAGCAUCAACCCAACAGCACCCAAAAUGGAAGCGGCUUGCGUCGUGAAACAGGUCAACAGCCCAUGUACUGCAAAGCAACUUGAUUCUGCAUGUUACAGCACGAAACCUGUUACUGGUGAACUCAGCCAAUUGUUUAAUAACAGUAUUCCCAAGGAUGACCAAAUACAAGAACAAGUUUUGGAAAUCAGCAACAGUACAGAUUCCUCAGGAAGUACGAUUCUGGUGAGUUCCCGGUGUGCCGAGGUCACCGUGUACGGUGCCUAUAACAACCGUUAUCCUAUUGAAGAAGACCAUGUCUACAAAACUUAUGCAACACAUGGAUCUCCAGGUAAAAUAACUGUCAAGAGAGGAUCACAUAUUGAUAACCUUACAUUGACAAUCUUAUCUAAGAAACAACGAGGCCUCAACUCUCCAGCUUGUGACCAUCCCUCCUAUGCAGUCAGCAUCAAACCCAAAGAUUCCACGCUUGAAGUGGUUUGCCAUCGAAAACAAGAUGAAAGACAUUGUACUCCUGGUGAAUCUGAGUCUAAAUGUUCUACAACUCCGGCAGUUGUUCAAAAACACACUCAGUUACGCAAUAUCGCCAUUCCAAAAACUAAAGAAACAAAACAAGAAGUCCUGCAGAUCACCAACACGACAAAGUCCACCUUAGGAACAACAGUUAUGGUGAAUGUCCAGUGUGGUGUGGUCACUGUGUACGCUUCAUUUAACAACAGUUAUCCCAAUGAAGCCGAUUACGACGACAAGACAGUGGCAACUGACCAUCAGCCGGGAGAACUGUUUUUUGUGCAAGAAUCAGAAGUCGAAAUGUUUGUCUUAACUGUUCUUUCCAAGAAGCGAUUUGAUCUUAAUUCCUCAGCCUGUGACAAUCCUUCCUAUGACAUCAGCAUCAACCCAACGGCACCCAGAAUUGAAGCAGCUUGCAUCGUAAAAAUGGUCAACAGCUCAUGUACUGCAAAGCAACUCGACUCUGCAUGUUACAACUCGACACCUGUUGUUGCUAACGUCAGCCGGUUGUUUAAUAACAAUAUUCCCCAGAAUAACCAAGUGCAAGAGCAGGUUUUGGAGAUUAGCAACAGUACACAUUCCUCAGGAAGUAUUAUUCUGGUGAAAGCCCACUGUUCCGCGGUCACUGUGUAUGGUGCCUUUAACAACAGUUAUCCCAUUGAAAUUGACCACGACUACAAAACAUCUGCAAGAGAUGGAUAUUCUGGUAAAAUAUUUGUUGCGAGAAAAUCAAAAUAUGAUAACUUUACCUUGACCAUCUUUUCUAAGAGUCUACCAAACUACAACUUUUCAACUUGUUCCCAUCCUUCCUAUUCAGUCAGCAUCAUGCCGAAAGACCCUAAAUAUGAAGUGGUUUGCCAUCGAAAACAAGAUGAAAGACACUGUACUCCUGCAGAAUCUAAGGCUAAAUGUUCUAAAACAUCCAAAACUAAACUGGGUUGCCUUGUGAAACAUAUCCGCAGCCGAUGUUCUGCAAAGAAACUCGACGCUACAUGCUUCGACCCGAUGCCUGUUACUCAGGAAAUCAGUAAAUUGUUUGAUAACUGUGUUGAGAAUGACGGAAUACGGGAACGAAUUUUGGAAAUCGGUAAUAGUACAGAUUCGUCAGGAAGUACAAUUAUGGUGAAAGCCUACUGUGCCGAGGUUUCCGUGUACGGUGCAUUUAACAACCGUUAUCCCGUUGAAAACGAUUGCGACUACAAGACAUUUGCAAUUGACGGAAAGCCUGGUAAACUAGUUGUUAAAAAAGGAAGAAAAGAUCAUCUUACACUGACCAUACGUUUUAAGAAGAGAUUUGGUCUCAAAUUUGUGGCUUGUGACCAUCCCUCCUAUACAGUCAGCAUCAAACCAAAUGAUCAAAUGUUUGAAGUGGCUUGCCAUCGAAAAGAAGAUGAAAGACCGUGUAGCUAUAAAGAAACCAAGUCUAAGUGUGAAGACGAUCCCAGAGACGAACCCAGUGCAGGCUAUAGACAACUUUCCAUAAACGCAUGGAUUUCUGCGGGACUCUUAGCUGCUUGGCGAUUGGCAUGAUCAGAGAUAGUGUGCAGAUAUAACUGCUACCAAAACCAAUGAGCAGUUAUUACACAGUGCGAUUAUUGCUGUUUAAAACUCUGUGUGUAAGUGUGUGUGUGUGUGCGUGUAUAAGUGUGAAUAUGCAGGAAAUUAUGUUUGUCUUUCCAAGACACGAACACACACACACACAUGGAUAUAGACAUGCGCACAUAUUUAUAUGUAUGUAUAUACGCUUAUACCCGAUGACAGACCGUUAACCACUAAACCUUUUUUUUAUUUUCUCUCCCUGUUUAUUUCUGUGUUCCUUUCUGCCGAAGAGCGUAGGCUCGAAACAUAAACGACUUUCUCACUUCCCGAGCGUUAAACUAAUAUAUCUGUUGUUUAUACACCAGUCUUCGUCUUUUGUGGGUUUUUUUGUAAAUUCUCACCAAGGCGUAGGAGUGGCUGUGUGGUAAGUAGCUUGCUUACCAACCACAUGGUCCCGGGUUCAGUCCCACUGCGUGGCAUCUUGGGCAAGUGUCUUCUACUAUAGCCUCGGGCAGACCAAAGCCUUGUGAGUGGAUUUGGUAGACGGAAACUGAAAGAAGCCCGUCGUAUAUAUGUAUAUAUAUAUGUGUAUGUAUGUAUGUGUUUGUGUGUCUGUGUUUGUCCCCCCAACAUCGCUUGACAACCGAUGCUGGUGUGUUUAUGUCCCCGUAACUUUGCGGUUCGG